CUCUGCAGCACUGCAGUGGAUCCGGACCAUCUUCUUCCUCUCUCUCACUCUGAUUCUUGUUAUAUAUACUAACACGCAUGCAUGGUGUGUCCACUUAACCAGGGCAAAGUUGAUCAAGCAUCUACCUCCAUCUUCUCCUCUUCUUCCUCCUUUGUUUAUACAUAAGCUAAGGUAGCUCUCACCCCAUGUAUCCAUGUCUCUUCUUCUCCUCCUCCUCCUCCCCUAGAUAGCAACUCUAUUUGUGUGACAUGAGCAUCCUUGUCCAUGCUUCCAAGAAGUUGAGGCUCUCAACUUCAUCAAGCUAGAAACUUUUUGGUGUGUACAUAUAUAUACAUGGAGAGGUAGAGGCAUGUGUGCAUUUGCUUCUUCUUCUUCCAUCUCUGCUUGUGUGAGAUCAGCGCGCGCGGCGCGGCGAACGCGUUCUUGAUUGGAUCGGAGAAGGGUUAGGUGCAAGAAGGGGCAGGCAUGGCGGCAGCGGCGGCGGCGAGGACGAAGGGGGUGAGGAAGAGCCUGAUAUCGAGGACGCUGGAGCGGUGCAGGUCCGGGCUGGGCGGCGGCGGCGGCGGCAGGGGGGCGGCGGCGCCGGUGGCGGGGUGCUUCUCGGUGUACGUCGGGGCGGAGCGGGAGCGGUUCGUGGUGCGCACCGAGUACGCCAACCACCCGCUGUUCCGGCGGCUGCUCGACGACGCCGAGCGGGAGUACGGCUACGCGGCGCAGGGGCCGCUCGCGCUGCCCUCCUGCGCCGUCGACGCGUUCCUCGACGUGCUCUGGCAGAUGGAGCACGACCGCCACGACGACGACCUGUCCAUCGACGGCGGCGACGAGGCCGCCGCCGCGGCGUCGCCGAUAUGCGGCCUCCGGACCUGCGGCAGCAAGGGCCGCGCCGCCGGCUACCGGAUGCUGAGCCCGGCGAGGAUGUCGAGGCCAUCUCCCAUGGCGGCGACGCCCACAAGGAUCAAGAGGUGAGCAUUCUGCAUGCAUCAGUGCAUUGACCAAUCACCACUGCUGCAUGCGAAAUGAUCUGAAAAAAUUUCUGAAUAAUCCAUGGAGAAAUCGGCAAGUGACUGAUCAAUUUCAGUCCAAUUAAUUAGCUAGCUAGUAGGUAAUUAGUUCUCCAGCUGCCUGUUUCGAGAUCCAAUCCAAAUGUGAUAGUUUGCUGAUCAUUAGGCUCAACUAUACAGACUAAUUUAGAGCUGUGUAUAGGUUCAUAUAUAUAUGCAGGCAUAGAUCAUUUCAAAUCGGAAAAAAAUCUACAUAUGUGAUAAAGGAGAGAUUUUGAGGUGUAUUUUUUUCUGUACAUGUGUAGUGACCUAUGGUUAAAGCUGUAAUGAAGAAGCAGUUAACUAAUUCUACCAUCUCACUAUGUGAUUAUGU